GGGGCGCCGGCGGGGCGCCGGCGGGGCGGCGGCCUGGGAGCGGGUCGUCCCCGCAGAGGCCCCGCGCCGCCCUCGAAGGAAACUGCCUCCUCCGGUCACCUUUCCGUGAUUUCAGACGCAGCGGCUUCUCUCCAGAACCUGUCCUUGGCCAGGGUCUCCUCCAUGGCACUGCCCGCCAUCGCUGUCCUCUGACCCGUCGUCUGCACACACUUCAGAACUGGAAACCCCUAACUCAGCUGAUGAACUGCAGCCCUGGGCGGGAGGCCCUGAGGGAACUGGCCCACAGACCAGCCACCCUCCCCACUAGAGCCUCGGGUUCCAGGUGUGAGAACCUUCGGCUCACUUCACUCAGCUCAUUUCCACCCUGGGCUCCUGGGCCAGCACUGGGUGGCAGAGGUGGGGAAGUGUACCAAAUGUGUGCCCCUCGAGAGGUCACAGCUGUGAGCCUUCAGGUCUCAGGACUCAGCUCCGGAACAGAAACGUUUAUAAGAGGACCAUGCAUGUUUUAAAUUGGUCAGAUUAAGGGAAAUGAGAAUCUGGGCUCUUGGCAAUGCCGUGAGAUGGGGCCUCUCCCCACAUCCCCUGCAAGGGGACAUUAGGGCAAAGUCUUGGGUCCCCAUUAAUGUCCCCUUGGCUCUUGGCAUCUGACCAGGAAAUAGGGAGACCUGGGGGAUCAGGAAAGCCCUCACUCCUGUGUCCUGGGCCGGCCAGUCCUUCCUGUGCACCACCCCUGCCAUGUGACUCACCCCUUCACAAUCCCACACGGUGAACCAGGGUGGGGCACAUGGACCCUGAAGGACAGACAGACGCAGGGCCCCCCUCGUAGCCUCCAGGACACAUACUUCACAGAUGCCCUUGCCUGUGGUUCCGUCAGGGGCAGUGCCGGCACCACACAGGGUGUGAUGCAGGAGUGGCCUGGCCUGGGGCCCACUGCUCUGCGGCCGGUUCCUGAGUGGCCCCCUCAGAGCUGGAGUUGCAGAUUCCAGGCAGAAAGGGUGCCUCCCCAUGUUCUCACGGGCUGUGGUCACCUCAGUGAGCAGACUGAACGUUGGUGCAGGCUCAGAGCAUUUUCAGAGAAUGGCCCAAGAAUGGCUAUGAACUGCCUUCACCAUUUAAAAUAUAAGAAGUUAGAGCUGAUCUGCUCUAGUUUGGGGUCUCGUGUGGACAUGGAACUGUCCAAUCCAAACUCCUCCAGCUUUGCUUCAUCAGUGACCCCCACCACUGACUGGUCCCAGAAGCAGAGCCUUUCAGAGGCCGUCCCUUCGCAACAGGCGACGUGGUCCUGCUGCCCACAAGGCGUGGACUCACCGUGCUCUCUUCCCUGCAGAAUCUCCUAUGACCCUGCCAGGUACCCCAAGUACCUGCCAGAAGCCUACUGCCUGUGCCGGGGCUGCCUGACUGGGCCGUUCGGGGAGGAGGACUUCCGCUUCCGGAGCACCCCAGUGUUCGUGCCUGCUGUUGUCCUCCGGCGAACCCCGGCUUGCGCGGGGGGCCGCUCCGUGUACACCGAGGAGUAUGUCACUGUCCCCGUGGGCUGCACCUGCGUCCCCGAGCAGGAGAAGGAAGCGGACAGCGUCAACUCCAGCAUGGACAAGCCGGGCAGCAAGCUCCUGCUCAGCCCCAGUGACAAGCCGGGCCGGCCCUGAGGCCUCUCCACACCCCCACCCCCGAGGCUUGAGGAGACUCGGCUGUGAGAGUCAAACACUGGGCUGGGGGGCCCUUCCCCCAGCCUGCUCAGGAGGCCGAUCUCCCCCUUGCUCCUGGUUUCCCUUUAGGUAGGAGCGCAGGGUGGGUGACAGCUGACGGUUCAGAAAUGAACAGGUAACAGCAUCGCGUAGGUGGCCCGGGGCCGCCACAGGUGACCCGUGCCCCAGCUCUGCAGGGGCUCCCGGCCCACCCUGCCCUCCCACACCAUCAGGACAGCUGCGAGGGGCCAGAGCCUCACCAGGUCCGGGACAGGCAGGCGCUCUUUGAAAAGUAGAACAUAUACCUCCUUUUUCACUCAGCUAUUUUCAGUAGGGGCAGAAACUAUAUUAGCCAUUUUGAGCAGGUAUAUUAAAAUUUUUUUACUUGGCAUAUAAACAUUUUAUAAACAGUUUUCACUUCCUCUGCCAGGAUUUUUUAGACGCACAACUGGAAUCAGUUGUUAGCUGGCCUGUGGCCUGGGCCCCUGCCGACAGUAACAAAACGGACGGGGCUGAAAAUGACUGACUGGUGCCGGCUUCACAGGGGGCUCGGCUCACCCCAGCAAGGCCCCUCAGUUUCUUCGUGAGUACAUCCAUGACCACAGGUGCUGGUAGUGGGGCCGGGCUGUGGUUAAGAGGUGGUGGAGAAGGCACGCGGUGGAGGGUGAGAGCUGCGCCAGGCCCCAGGAAGAACCCAGCUCUGCUCAGUGUUAAGGACUUCGGGAACUAGCCAAACGUGAGGAGAAAGUGGGCUUAGGGUCUCCAGAAACCCGGGCUGGAGGCCUCUCUCCCUACGUACUGCAGUGUGCGCUAACCCCUUAACUCUUCUUUAGGCGAAGGUCUUUCCCUAAACACAAUCAUUUGUAAAAGUGAGAUGUUCUUAACUCAUUCUGGAAUCAUUAAAACACCUGUAGGUCAAGGACACACUAGCUGUAUGCCUCUCUGGACUCUGCUCUGAUGGGCUCAGCUAAUUUUUAAAGGAAAGAAUACGCUAAUUAAAACCUUUAUCUUUAUGGUUGAAGCUUAAACUAACAAAUUGGUUUGGUUGUAGGACGGUCACCUGGCCGCAUCCGUGGCUAUCUGCUCUGGGCCCAGCCUCGCUAUCCUGCAGGUCACCGAGAGGCCGCCCCCUACUUACCUCGUGACGGAAGGGUCACUGAGGGAACUUUUAACUUGACUAAAUCUUGACAGAAGUUGUACAUGAAAAAUAUCGCUAAGCAAAAUUCGUAUUUUACAAAUAAAAAACUUGCAACUGCA